AUGUCGACCAAGGCAGCGAAGAGCAAGGAGGUGGCAGUCCCUCGGCCAAGCUCGAGGAUUGUUGAUAAUAAUAAAUCAUAUUUCACCAGCGUCAUCCUCAUAUCUCCAGAAAACGAAGUCCUUUUGCUCCACAGAGUCGAGACCUCGACUUCAUUUGCAUCGGCACAUGUGUUUCCCGGAGGCAAUAUAUCGGCAAACCAAGAUGGCGAGUGUCCACCCCCAACAGAUACCAAACGGCAUGACGAUGCCCUCAAUUAUCGAAAAGCUGCAAUCCGCGAGCUUUUUGAAGAAAGCGGCAUCUUGCUUGCCAAGGACCGCGUCUCGGGGAAACUGGUGCAUGUCAACGAUGCCGAAAAGGAACGAGGCAGGCGAGAUAUCCACGCUGACAAGCUUACGUUUUCCGACUGGCUUCGUGGGCAAAACGACGCGGCUGAGCCGGAUAUAGACGGGUUGAUCCCAUUCACCCAUUGGAUUACGCCACCGAAUCUACCAAAAAGAUUUACAACACAGAUGUAUCUAUACUUCUUACCCAUCGUUGAGUUGUCAGAGCCAGACAACACUGCUCAAGGUUUGCCAGAAGGUGGACGACAAGAAAUCCAAACGCCGACAUCUGACGGGGGCAUUGAAAUCAGCGAGGCCCGAUUUCUGCGCGCUUCGGCUUGGCUGUCGCAAGCCCGCGCUGGAGAGAUUAUGCUUUACCCGCCCCAAUUCGUUCUUUUGUCGCUUGUCUCGCAGUUUUUGGAUCAAGAAGCGAGCAGUGAUCCUACGGAGAGACAGCGUCGGCGCGCCGAGCUGUUGGAAUUUGUGCAUGCUGGAUCGCCUCCCUGGACGGAUAUGUUUAUUUGUCCUCGGAGCAUGAAGCUUCUUGCUGAUAAACGCGCGGUGCUGUCCUUGGACCAUCCGGGUCCAGAGCUUCAGGGUUCUGGGAAGAAAGGCGAACCCGAUAGAGUGAUUUUGGUCAAGUUUGGCAAGGAUGGGCCGCGCCAGCUUGAAGUGGGAUUCAAAAAGGACAUUUUGAAGGAGAAUCCUGCAAGCAAUCUGUCACAUGACCCACAACCGAUAUUGCUCUUUUCCGGGCCGCAAUCGCUGGCCACAGCCAAUUCUCCCUCACCGUCCAACCCGUCCAGACGAAACACCACAGAACAAUUCGCCAAAAUGGAGAACGAAAAGGGAGAGAUUGUCGAUCUCUACGUCCCCCGCAAAUGCUCGGCCACCAACCGCAUCAUCAAGGCCAACGACCACGCCUCCGUCCAGCUGUCUAUUGGCAAUGUCGAUGAGAACGGCCGCUACACCGGCGACAACCAGGUCUACGCUCUGAGCGGAUUCGUGCGUGCCCGUGGCGAGGCUGAUGACUCGCUCAACCGCCUUGCCCAGCGUGACGGCUACCUGAAGAAUGUGUGGAGCGCUCAGCGAUAA